AUGCCCAUCACCCAGGACAAUGCCGGGCUGCACCUGCCCCUCCUCUACCAGUGGCUGCAGAACAGCCUACGGGAGGGCGGGGAUGGCCCAGAGCAGCGCCUCUGCCAGGCAGCCAUCCAGAAACUGCAGGAGUACAUCAGGCUGAACUUCGCUGUGGAUGAGAGCUCCAUCCACCCUGACCGCAGCCCCCCUGGGAUGGAGAUCUGCACGGUGUACCUCACCAAGGAGCUGGAGGACGCGGAGACUGUGGGCCUCAGUUUUGGGAACAUCCCUGUGUUUGGGGACUAUGGGGAAAAGCGCAGAGGGGGCAAGAAGAGAAAAACCCACCAGGGUCCUGUGCUCGAUGUGGGCUGCAUCUGGGUGACGGAGCUGAGGAAGAACAGCCCGGCCGGGAAGAGUGGGAAGGUGCGCCUGCGGGACGAGAUCCUCUCGCUGAACGGGCAGCUGAUGGUCGGAGUUGAUGUCAGUGGGGCCAGUUACUUGGCUGAGCAGUGCUGGAAUGGCGGCUUCAUCUACCUGAUCAUGCUACGCCGCUUCAAGCACCAAGUCCAUUCUUACAACGGCAACGGUAGCAACAGCUCCGAACCAGGAGAGACGCCUACCUUGGAGCUGGGGGACCAAACAGUGAAAAAGGGGAAGAGAGCAAGAAAGUUUGGGGUCAUUGUCAGGCCUUCUACCCACAAAGCUGCUGAAGAAUCCAAGAGCAUUACUGGCUGUGAGUUGGACCACAACCCCGUGUCGGAGCUGGACAAUGGCCUAGACCCUCAACUGGGAAACGGUCAUGCUUUUGAGCUAGAAAAUGGCCCGGAUUUGCUCAAGGAGGUGGCUGGAUCCCAUCUAGAUAGGUCAGAAUUGGACAGAGGGACAGAGCCUAGAAUUCCAAAGACAGACGCCCCUCUGCCCACAAGCAAUGACAAACGCCGCUUCUCAAAAUCUGGGAAGACGGACUUCCAAUCCAGCGACUGCCUGGCACGGGAGGAAGUUGGCCGGAUAUGGAAGAUGGAGCUACUUAAAGAAUCGGAUGGGCUGGGAAUUCAGGUUAGUGGAGGCCGAGGAUCAAAGCGCUCACCUCACGCUAUCGUUGUCACCCAAGUGAAGGAAGGCGGUGCCGCUCACAGGGAUGGCAGACUGUCCUUAGGAGAUGAGCUGCUGGUAAUCAAUGGUCACUUACUAGUCGGGCUGUCCCACGAGGAAGCUGUGGCCAUUCUUCGCUCAGCCACUGGUGUGGUUCAGCUGGUGGUGGCCAGCAAGGAGAACUCUGCCGAGGACCUCCUGAGGCUGACGUCUAAGAGUCUGCCUGACCUGACCAGCUCCACAGAGGACGUUUCCUCUUGGACUGACAACGAAGAUCAGGAGCCAGACGAGGACGAAGGCACCGGCUCAUCUUCCAUCCAGAGAGCAAUGCCUGGAACAGAGGAGCCCCACGAUGCAUGCGGCCCCGAGGAAUCCAAGGGGAACUUGGAAAGUCCCAAACAAGGCAGCAGUAAGAUGAAGCUCAAGAGUCGCCUGUCAGGUGGUGUACACCGUCUAGAGUCUGUUGAAGAAUAUAAUGAACUGAUGGUGCGACAUGGUGACCCCCGGGCCAGGAUGUUAGAGGUCUCCCGAGAUGGCCGGAAGCAUUCCCUUCCCCAGCUCCUGGACUCGACGGGCACAUCACAGGAAUACCACAUUGUGAAGAAGUCCACUCGCUCACUAAGCACAACUCAGGUGGAAUCUCCCUGGAGACUCAUUCGGCCGUCAGUCAUCUCCAUCAUUGGGCUGUACAAAGAAAAGGGCAAGGGCCUUGGCUUUAGCAUUGCUGGAGGUCGAGACUGCAUUCGAGGACAGAUGGGGAUUUUUGUCAAGACCAUUUUCCCAAAUGGAUCGGCUGCAGAGGAUGGAAGACUUAAAGAAGGGGAUGAAAUCCUAGAUGUAAAUGGAAUACCAAUCAAGGGCUUGACAUUUCAAGAAGCCAUUCAUACCUUUAAGCAAAUCCGGAGUGGAUUGUUUGUCUUAACGGUACGCACCAAGUUACUGAGCCCAAGUCUCACACCCUGCUCCACACCCACACACAUGAGCAGAUCAAGCUCCCCAAACUUCAAUGCCAGCGGGGGAACCUCAGCGGUGGGCAGUGAUGAAGGCAGUUCAUCCCUGGGUCGGAAGGCCCCCGGACCCAAGGACAGAAUCGUCAUGGAAGUAACCCUCAACAAAGAGCCCAGAGUUGGCUUAGGCAUCGGUGCCUGCUGCUUGGCCUUAGAAAACAGCCCUCCAGGCAUCUACAUUCACAGCCUUGCCCCAGGAUCAGUGGCCAAGAUGGAGAGCAAUCUGAGCCGCGGAGAUCAAAUCCUGGAAGUGAACUCUGUCAAUGUCCGCCAUGCUGCUUUAAGCAAAGUCCACUCCAUCUUGAGCAAAUGCCCCCCAGGACCCGUUCGCCUGGUCAUCGGCCGGCACCCUAAUCCAAAGGUUUCCGAGCAGGAAAUGGAUGAAGUGAUAGCACGCAGCACUUAUCAGGAGAGCAAAGAGGCCAGUUCCUCUCCUGGCUUAGGUACCCCCUUGAAGAGUCCUUCUUUUGCAAAAAAGGACUCCCUGAUUUCUGAAUCUGAACUCUCCCAGUACUUUGCUCACGAUGCCCCAGGCCCACUGUCUGACUUCAUGGUGGCCGGCUCUGAAGACGAGGACCCUCCAGGGAGCGGCGGCAGCAGCAGCUCCGCGGAGCCCCCUGGCACAUCCCCAGCUCACAAGGAGCCAGGAAAAGCCAGGGCCAACAGCCUUGUGUCUCUCGGAAGCCAACGGGCCUCUGGGCUCUUCCACAAGCAGGUGACAAUUGCCAGGCAAGCCAGUCUUCCUGGGAGCCCAGAGGUCCUCCGGAACCCCCUCCUCCGCCAGAGGAGGGUGGGCUGCUCUGAUGACGACGCCAGCGAUGAGGAAGAGUUUGAUGGCGAAGGCGACUGUAUUUCCCUCCCAGGGACCCUCUCAGGUCCCAGCAGGCCGCUGACAGAGGACGACUCUACACGUGUUUCAACAGCCUCUUCCAAGGUCACAGGUAUCAACCGAGAGGAACACCCCAAGAAAACACUGGUCAGCAAGGCCUCCUCGGUGCCUCUCCUCGGCAGCUCGCUGGACUUCCAGGAGAGCCUCCCAGGAGGCGUGCGGGACCCCCUUUCCCAUGCACCCAGCCUGCUGGUCCCAUCAGAGGCCCCCAAGGGUAGCCCUGGCUGCUCAGGGAGGAAGGAACUGUCAGGAUCGAGGAGCUCGCCCAAACUGGAGUGCAGAGCUGGGACAGGCACCCAGGGUCCAGCAAGCACAGACAGCUCCAGUUCCCUCCAGCAGAUUGACAGCCUGGGGUCCAGGCACAAGCCCGUGACCAGGGUCAGCCCACACCGCAAGAGGCCUGAGGCUGAGGCCAGGCCUAGCAGCACAGAGGCAGCACAGCUGACCGAUGGAGCCAGUGACCCAUGCGGUGCGGACUUGAAAGUCCAGGAUAGUUCCAACCAAGUGACCGUGACUGGUUAUCGGCCAGGAGGAACUGUGGAGAAGGAAUCUCUGGACAAGCUGUCCGUCGGAGAUGGACAAGUCCCCACUGACUGUGGACCAGGUGGUGCCCUGCCCCACCUGGAUGCCAGCCACCCUACAGAGAACCCACCUGAAGUGACAUCCAAGCAGGGGCAGCAACCCGGGACAGGACCAGAUGGCUCCCCAGACCCUCUCCCUUCCCCAGGGCAGAAGGGGGCAGCUCACCCUGACCCCAACCAGACCUCAAUGGACACAGGACCAGCGAGGCGACCUGAGGACCCUGGAGGGCCAGAGUCUCCCAGGAUCCCCAAGUCUGAGGACAGCACAUCCCCAGGGACAAUGGCAACGGUUUGUCCUGACCUCCAUGAGAUGAGAGCAGCUCCCAACGCCAGCUUGCCCUGCGCCGCCUGGAAGGCAACGACCCCCAGGGGAGCAGGACCCACGGCUGAGGGGGCACCUCUGACUGGUGCUGGGCUGCCACGAGACCUCACGUCCGGGGAGGAGAGCCAAGAGGGGGUUCCGGGUCACCAUGCCAAGGCUCUGCAAACCUCAGUGGUCCUUGUCCCUGGAAACUGCCGGGGGUCGGCUCUGCCCCAGGGAACAGACUCGGGGUCUGCCAGUCCCCUGCAGGCUGGCCCGGCCCUGCCAUUGCCAAGUGACAAGGCCCAGGAGGCAUGUGGGGGUCCCUUGGGGCCCGGCUGUCUCGGAGGGAACGGGCGCUGCCCGGUGACGGACAUCGACAGGCUCCUGGUGGAACCAGAUGCCUCCGGAGCAAGACUUCCCUCCCUCGGGAAAGGGGACCAGCUGAGCAGAGAGCAGGCUGCCCAGGGGCCACAGCCAGCCUCAGGGAGUCCGAGCCCUGCCCCAAGGAGGCCCGGGGCGGCUGGUCCAGCCCCUCCCCCUCAGUGGGCCGGCCAGCCUUCGGUUUUGGAUUCCAUCAAUCCCGACAGACAUUUUACUGUGAACAAAAGCUUUCUGAGCAACUACUCUAGGAAUCUCAGCAGUCUCCAUGAAGACAGCACCUCACUGUCGGGCCUGGGCGACAGCACCGAGCCAUCUGUGUCCCUCUCGUCCAUGUACGGGGACGUGGAGGACUCGUCCUCGGACCCCGAGUCGCUCACUGAAGCCCCGCGAGCUCCCACCCGGGACAGCUGGUCCCCUCCUCGUCCUCGUCCUCCUGAGCCUUCUCACAAGGGAGACACGACGGAGUCCGAGGAGGAGCAAGUGGAAAUCUGUUCCACGGAUGGCUCCCCCGAUCGACCCUUAGCCACUGCCCUUGCUCCUGCCCGGGUGGCUGCCUGCCCUGCCCUCUCCACAGCCCUGCCACCAAAGGACGGAGCCCUGAGCCAGGUGGGGGCAGAAGCGAGCCACACAGCCCGCUUUGUGCCAGGCACCUCCACCCCUCCGCAGCCACCUCCUCCUCUGUCAGACGUGAGCUCUCAGGAGGCAGAGCCACCUGAGGAUGCAAGGGUCUCCCAAGACCACAAGUCCCCGAGUGAAGAGGACUCUGGGGAAGCCACCCAGCCUCCUCCGGGUACCAGGCCUGUCCCCAGCUCCCCAGGCACCCUCGGUUCUCCUAACAUGGUGAAUGGUUUGGAGUGUAACCGUUUGGAUGACAAGACGCCAGCUGAGAAACAAGAAACAGAUGUUCACACUGCUGAAAACCAAGCCUCCUUCAGGGCGUGUGUCCCCAAGAACGGAGACUCAGCUCUGGGAAACCUGCACAUCUCCAGAGGUCAAGGCCCAGAGGACUUGCUGCCAAAGCCAAAAGCCAUCUCCCGGCGGCCCCUCAUGGCCUGGUUUAAAGAGAUAAAUAAGAACAACCACGGGACACAUCCACAGAGCAAAACUGAAACGGAACAGUCCACGCUGCUGGCCGGAAGCCCCGACCCCAAGGCCCAGGUGCCGAGCUUCAGCCACAAGAAGCGGGUGCCUGUGCCAGAUAGCCCCCCUCCUCGGCUGGACCUGGAGAAUAAAGACUUGCCUGGGAAGAAUUCUGUGGAAACCCUUUUGAGUAACUGUCAGAAACCCAAAGCUGGUCCUAAGCUGAAGAGAUUGAGCAUCAGAAGCAAAGGCAAAGUCAGCUCCGAGGCCCCGGCUGUUCACGCGGGGAAGUCAGGUAGCUCAGAGCACAAGAAAGCCCUCGUCUCGCCCCAGGCCUCCCACAAGAUGCUUUCCAAGGUGGCCUCGCACCGGUGCCACACAGCCGGCCACGAGGAACCAGACACGACUGCCGCAGCUGCCCCCCAGCCUCCCCAGAGUGUGGAAGGCAAGGUGCCCCCUGGGACCCCGGGCUCCCUGAAGCCCUCAGCAUCCGACUCGAGCAUCAGGAUGUUUGUUUCGCCCGUGACCACCCCCAAGACCCUUCCUGAGCAAGGUGCGUGCGGUAGGCUCCACCCGGCAGUGCCUGCAGAACCCAACCGAGGCUGCCUGGCUGCCCCCAGCCCUCCCAAGUGUGGUCCAGAGAGCAGGGUUCCCCUGGCAUCCCCGGGGCCAGCAAGUCCCACAGCACCGAGGAGUGGCACAUCCAUGGUGGCCAGCAAGCGGGAGGUCCCCACUCCUGGGCAGGGUGAGCGGUCUGCGUCCAGCCAAACAGACUCCGCAGCAGAAGCAGCCCUGCCCGGGGUGACUGGUGACAAAAGAAGCAAAAUAAUUGCUGGUGGGCCUCCUGAAAGAACCAAGCAGCUGAAAAUCAUUGAGAUCCCUUCUGAAAGGAUGCCAAAGAGCACAUGUGGUGACAUGCCAGCUGAAGGGGACACACAGGGUGGGCUCUUGUCCCAGAGUAGCCAUCAGGAGGAGAGUGAGGUUGGGCUCUGUCUCCAGCCAGGGGAGUCCUCCCCAAACCACCCGUCCUCACUCCCAACCCGGGUCUCCCAGGUGGAGCUGGAAGCGCAGCAGCGAUCCAUCAGCCUGGCAAGACUCUCCUCCUCUUCCUCCCCACAGCUGCUGGCUAGAAAGGCCGAUCCCGGCCAGAUGGCCGACGCCCUGGGGGUGCCCAGGAACGGCCCACCAGUGGGCCCAGUGCUGGACGAUCAUCCCUACUUCACGCCAAGGCCAGCGACCAGGACCUACUCCAUGCCAGCCCAGUUCUCCAGUCUUUUCGGCAGGGAGGGCCAUGCCCCACAGAGCCCAGGGCGUGCCCCUCGGGACGCCCAGAUCCCUGGCACCAGCGGGGGCCUCCUCGAGGCCAAGGUGUCCAGAGGCGCCAUUCUCAGCCUGGCUAACGGGCAGGGUGUAUACAGUGUAAAGCCCCUGCUGGAGACUUCAGGGAACCUUCCAACAACAGACGAAGCAGAUGUCCUGUCCACCCAGGAAACCAGCUGCCAGCUCACAGACAGAGUCACAGUCACCAGGAGACAUCACUACUCCCCACAGAACUGGCCCCAUGAAUCCACCUCCUUUUUUUCUGUGAAGCAGAGGAUCAAGUCUUUCGAGAACCUAGCCCACUCUGACCGGCCCGCAGCCAAGGCCGGGGCCUCCUCCUCCUUGUCAGUGAGCUCCAAGCCUCCCAUUGGGAGGCGGUCGUCCGGCAGCGUGGUUUCUGGGACCCUUGGCCACUUCAGUGACCCAACGGUGAGGUCACUGAGACGCAGCCUGAGUUCCUGCAGCGAAAGCCAAGGUGAAGCCGCCACCGUCGUCCCCCCGAUGACCAAGUCCCCGUCCAGCAUGACACUGGCCAUCUCCCGGCAGACCCCAGCAGAUGCCCGUAGCAAGGGCACUGACUCAGACCCCAAGAGACCACCUGGUCCUUCGGGCAUCCCUGCCCCAACUGCAACCCCCGCCUCUCCCGCCAAGAGGAACAAGUCCUCGGUGCGUCACACGCAGGCCUCACCUCUGUCCCGCUCGAAGCUCCAGGAGCUGAGAGCCCUGAGCAUGCCCGACUUGGACAAGCUCUGCAGCGAGGACUUCUCGGCGGGGCCACCCGCUGUGCUCUUCAAAACCGAGCUGGAAAUCGUCCCCCGGAGGUCACUUGGCUCCCCUGCUGGGGGCCUCACUGGGUCCACUGCCCUUUCAUGCCCCAGGGAUGGGGCAGAAAGGGCCUAUCCCAAAGCCACUGACCCCAGAGCAUCCAGUUUAACCCAUGAUGUGGGUGAGACCACCCAGGAUCUGCCUUCCGGAAGAAGUUGGUCAGUUAAUCUGCAGCAGCUCCUGGUCUCAGCAGGGGACCAGCAAAGACUGCAGUCCAUUCUGUCGUCAGUGGGGUCCAGGUCUACGGUCCUCUCUCUCAUUCAGGAAGCGAAAGCACAAUCAGAGAACAAAGAAGAUAUUUGCUUCAUAGUCUUGAAUAAAAAAGAAGGCUCAGGUCUGGGAUUCAGUGUGGCAGGAGGGACAGAUGUGCAGCCAAAAGCAAUUGUGGUCCACAGGGUGUUUUCUCAGGGGGCGGCUUCUCAGGUAGGGACUGUGAGCCGAGGGGAUUUCCUGCUGUCCCUCAACGGUGCCUCACUGGCUGGCUUAGCCCACGGGGACGUGCUGAAGGCUCUGCACCAGGCACAGCUGCACAAAGAGGUCCUCCUGGUCAUCAAGAAAGGGAGUGAUCAGCCCAGGCCCUCCAGCCGGCAGGAGCCUCCCACAGCCAACGGGAAGGGCUUGGUGUCCAGAAAGACCAGCCCCCUGGAGCCUGGAACAGGGAGAAGCACGGCUGUGCACGAGGCUCUGUGUGUUGAAGUGCUGAAGACCUCGGCUGGGCUGGGCCUGAGUCUGGAUGGAGGGAAGUCAUCCAUGUCUGGAGAUGGGCCCCUGCUUGUUAAAAGAGUGUACAAAGGUGGUGCAGCUGAGCAAGCAGGAACAAUAGAAGCUGGAGAUGAAAUUCUUGCCAUUAACGGGAAAUCUCUAGUGGGGCUGAUGCAUUUCGAUGCCUGGAAUAUCAUGAAGGCUGUCCCAGAGGGACCUGUGCAGUUAGUAAUUAGAAAGCACAGGAAUUCGUCAUGCAGCAAGCACUGGUAGUGACACUAACAGUGCUUGUUACUUUUUUUUUUAACCUGGAAUCUCCUUUUCUCAAUUUCUUUCUUCGGCAAAUCAGAAUGACUUCUCUAAACAGUGGGUUCCUGAAACAACAGAGAAGCACUGGUGCGGGCAAGACUGCCAAACUCCCCAGCGCUUUUGCUCACGCAUGAAGCAGCAGCCAUGGAGCUGAGCUCCUAAGCCUUCUGCCUGGAUCACUUAGGCUGGGAGGGCCCACUUCGUCCCAGUGCCUGUCCCCUCCUGUCUGCCAUGUUUCCUGAUGGGGACACAAGAUGUGGCAUGCCCUUCUUUACUUGAAACAUUCAGUGAGACCUCCAAAUCCUUCCUCCCACC